GUUGGUUUAGAGCUGGUCCUCGCCUCAUGCGAUAUAAGAUGAACCACUCGAAUGUUUUCAGAAUCCCAUCUCAAGAUGUCUCGUACCUUCACCCAGUUCUGUUUCCCUUCUGUCUCGCCAUCCUCAUUGGUAAUUGAAGUCGACUUCUUGUCGUCUUUCGCUUUGCCAGUGCUACGUUUCAUUGUCAAACUCCCUUCAUACGCCUUGUACCAUCUAUGGACGCUAUUUUUAUUCACGAAGUCAGACAUUAAGACAACUGUAAUACCUAUAACUUCUCUGGCCGUCGCGUCCGCUCCACUUGGCGAUAUCUCACAUCUUCCACAUGUUAUAUUCUGGAUUUGGUUUCAUGUCCUACAGUUCGACGUCUCAAACCAGACGCUGAAACCAGAAGAAGACGAGUACAACAAGCGAGACCGUCCUCUGCCCGCAAAGCGCAUCACUUGGCGCAAUGCAUUGAUUUUGCGUUGGGUUCUCGUCCCGGCGUGUUGGAUACUCUCAUCCUUUUACAGUGUUGAAACUGUGUAUGCGAGUAUCGCACUGUGCAUUCUGACAUAUGUAUACGACGAAAUGGGUUAUGCUGCUGGUCACUGGUUCGGUCGCAAUUUCGUGAAUGCCUUAGGCUUCAUGUCAUUCGAAGUUGGAGCUUGUCUCAUUGCUGGUUCGAAUCGACAUGCGCUUGAUCAUAUAAGUUGGCUAUCUGUACUAUGCAGUGCAGGGAUCUUUGCAACGACGAUCCAGGCCCAGGACUUCAAGGACACUGAAGGUGAUCGACUUGUGGGCCGGAAAACCUUACCCAUUGUUGCGCCGACAGUUGCUCGUCCUACUCUUCUGCUCGCGCUUUUGGCGUGGUCUAUCGGAUUAAGCACGCUUUGGCAGCUCAGCACUACUGUAGCCCUUGCUUUCAAUGUCCUAGCCAUAGCAGUUGGAGCACGUUUCGUUUCACUUAAGUCCAUCAAGGCAGAUCAGCGCAGUUUUUAUCUCUACAACGUUUGGUUAUCCGUCGCACACGCAUUACCAGCGUAUUUCCGUUUUAUCGCUCAGGCACCAGUGUUCUGAAGCCUUGGAGACGACCACACAGCUUACUCCUCUGCCGCAACUUCUAGGAGCUGUUGUUAAAAGGACAUAGUGCCGAAGGCUGCUGAAGACAAGCGGGCCGAAGUCUAUGCGCACCUACCGAUCUGCCAACCACACUACCUUUACUUCUCUCCGCGUAGAUCUUUCUUUCCUAGUCACUCUUCUUCUCGCCAGGAAUCAAUGUCUUCUGCUUCUCUUGCGUAGACUCUCUACUCCAUUUCUUCAUUCCUGAUUGUUUGAAUCAUGAUGUUUGAUAGCCGC